AUGGCAACACUCACUUUGAUUGCCCCACUCUUCGGCCUCAUAACUGCCCACAUUUGCUUCUGCCUCAGUGCAUCUUCGUUUCCGACAGCCACUACCGAUUACUUGAAGUUGCGCAUGUUGCGCGUGGCCCAUGAUGAGACCUACCACCAAUACCAAUCGUUUCCCACUCGCCGCGCGUGCCAUUCUGCACCUGAACAGUCAGACUUUUCGUUCCCUGUACCGUUGUACCCCCCCGGCCACUUCCCACCGCCACCGAGGGAGACCAUGGCUUUUCCGGGUGGGAAGCGCGAGGAGGUCAAGACGGCCCCCACGCGCUGCCCGGACCUGCGAGAGUUUGGAGAGCUCGCCAAGAGAGAUUAG